GAGCCUGCCCUCGGCCACUCUCCCCACGCAGAGAGGACCAGGGCCCCUGAGCUCCCCAAAAGGCCCAGUUCCUGCUCCUGUGACGCGGGGACCCUGAGGCGGCACCUGCUUCCGUCUUGGGCAUCACCUGCCAUUUCUGACUGGAGGGGCCUCUUUACUGCGAAGGGGGUCUCUGCCGCUAGGCUCAUCCUUCUGCCUCCUCAGAGCCCUGUCCUGGCAGGGCCAUGCAGGCCCCGUCUGCGGGGGCCAACCACUCGGAGGUGACCGAGUUCAUCCUGGUGGGCUUCCCGGGCUCGCUGGGGCUCCACGUGUGCCUGCUGGUGCUGUUCCUGCUGGUCUACCUGCUGACCGUCACCGAGAACCUGCUCAUCAUUGCCGUGGUCCAUGCCAGCCCCGCGCUGCACAAGCCCAUGUACGUCUUCCUCAGCAACCUGUCCUUCCUGGAGGUGUGGUACGUCUCCGUCACGGUGCCCAGGAUGCUGCUCAGCCUGGUGGUGCCCGGGUCCCGCCGCAUCUCCUUUGCAGGCUGCAUGGCUCAGCUGUACUUCUUCCUGGCGCUGGCCUGCACCGAGUGCGCCCUCCUGGGCGUCAUGGCCUACGACCGCUACGUGGCCAUCUGCAGCCCACUGCGCUACCCAGCCGUCAUGAGUCCCAGCCUCUGCAGCCUCCUGGCCGCCGGCUCCUGGCUCUCGGGCUUCACCAUCUCUGUGGGGAAGGUCUUCUUCAUCGCGCGGCUGGGCUACUGCGGCCCCAACAUCAUGAACCACUUCUUCUGCGACGUGUCGCCCCUGCUGAACCUGGCGUGCUCCGACGUGGCCCUGGCCGAGCUGGUGGACUUCCUCCUGGCGCUGCUCAUCCUGCUUGGGCCCCUGCUGCUCACCGUCUCCUCCUACACAGCCAUCAUCAGUGCCGUGCUGCGCGUCCCCUCCGCCGCCGGCCGGCGCAAGGCCUUCUCCACCUGCGCCGCGCACCUGGCCGUGGUGGUCAUCUUCUACUCCGCCUCCCUCUUCAUCUACGCCCGGCCUCGUGCCAUCUACUCCUUUGACCUCCACAAGCUGGUGUCCGUGGUCUACACGGUGCUCACGCCCCUGCUCAACCCCAUCAUCUACUGCUUGCGGAACCGGGAGGUCAAGGAGGCCCUGCACAAGGUGGUACAGAGGGCAGCCCAGGCCCGGGGCGCCCCCUCCUAGGACACGCUCCCACGUGCCCCGGGACCCCUCUCAGACAGACAGGACUGCCUGCCGGGCCGGGAGACAGUGCUGGGCAGCCCAAGGCUCUGUGA